AUGGCGCCCGCUUCCAUCCACUCCAGCCUCUCUGAUUCCGAUUCCGAUGGUGACUUCUCCGUCGCUCCUGCUCGUGCUUCCGCCAUCCAGGGCAUCUCCAUUCACCAUCACGUCCCUGUCAUUCGAGACAUGGACGAAGGAAAUUAUGGUCAAUGGCGCCUGUUCUUUGAAUCCACUCUCGGCAAAUUUGGCCUGGAGAGCCACAUCCUCGCCACCGUCUCGAAGGGCGUCUUCGACAUCGUCCGCCGCGACCGCCACGACGCCUUCACUCUGUGGCACGCCGUCGAAGGUCUGUUCCAGGAUAAUGAGCUGCAGCGCGCUGUGUACCUAAAGACUGAGCUGCGCUCCCUGCAACAAGGUGACAUGUCCAUGACUGAAUACUACACCAAGCUCAAGCGGAUUGCCGAUCAACUCCGCGACAUCGGCCACCAUGUCUCCGAGCCGAGUCAAGUCCUGAACCUCCUCCGCGGCCUCAACCCCCGGUACCGCUACGUCCGGCCGACGAUCACCUCCAAGCACCCGCCGCAUACCUUCCAGAGUGCUCGCUCCUUCCUCAUCCUCGAAGAGCUCAACGGAAACUCAGCAACGGCUAAGCCCAGCGCCCAGGCUGUUCGGAUCACCAACGACCAGUGCGGACUCGGCGCUACUCCGUGCGCACUCGCCGCGCUCACUGCGUCCACGCGAGCCCGGUCUCCGCGGCGCCCACGCUCCCGCUCUGCGCGUUCGCCCGCUCUCGCUGUAACUGUAUGCGCAUGUACAGACUUGGCCAAAAGGCCUCUGAUGUAA